GCCGCCGCCGCCGGCUGGGCCGUCCCUCCUCCUCCCCGGACCUCCGCGCGCACGCGGCCCGCCCCCGGCCGGCCCAGCCUCUCUCGGAGCGCUGCCGGGCGCGGAUUGGCCGCAGCGCUGACAGGAGGCGGGGCCUGCAAGUCCCGGCCAAACCCGCCCUCCCGUAUAAGCCCCUUCUGGGCUCUGGCUCUCUCCAUCUCGGCCCGCUCUCUUUCUCUCUCGCUCCCUUCCCCUCCGUAACUGAACAGUGAAAAUUCACGUCGUGGAUCUGCUAACAGGCACAGAUGUCAUGUGAAAACGCACAUGCUCUGCCAUCCACACCGCCUUUCUGUCUGUUCUUUCUGUUUCCUUUUUCCCCCGCCUUGCUCCUUCUCCCUCUUCUUUGUAACUAACAAAACCACCAACUCCUCCUCCUGCUGCUGCCCUUCCUCCUCCUCCUCCUCCUCCUCCUCCACCUCCUCCUCCUCCCCUUCCUCCUCCUCCUCCUCCUCCUUCUCAGUCCAAGUGCUCACAAAAGAAAUCUUCUGAGCCGGAGGCGCUGGCAUUUUCAAAAAGCAAGCACACUGGAGAGAAAGAAAAACACAAGCAAAACAAAACCCAGGCGCUAGCCAGCCAGGACAUUUUCGUUCGCCCUUGCUGAAAACAAACAAACAAACAACCAUCCCAACAGUCACCACCAACAGCAUAACUGUUAACCUAGCGGCGGCGGCGGCCAACGGCACCCAGCGGCCACGGCGUCCGCCUAGAGGGAUGGUUUCCUGGGCAGAGCGGCUCGUCGUCGCCCGCCGCAUCCUUCACGCGUGCUGAGCGGGAUUUCUGGGCUCUCCGGGGAUCGGGCUGGCGACAGCUUCAUGACUACGCGGAGCGGGACAGCGGCCACACCAUGCGAGCACAAAUUGAAGUGAUACCAUGCAAAAUUUGUGGCGAUAAGUCCUCCGGGAUCCACUACGGAGUCAUCACGUGUGAAGGCUGCAAGGGUUUCUUUAGGAGGAGCCAGCAGAACAAUGCCUCUUACUCCUGCCCAAGGCAAAGAAACUGUUUAAUUGACAGAACCAACAGAAACCGUUGCCAACACUGCCGACUACAGAAGUGUCUUGCCCUAGGAAUGUCGAGAGAUGCUGUGAAAUUUGGGAGGAUGUCUAAGAAGCAAAGGGACAGCCUGUAUGCUGAGGUGCAGAAGCACCAGCAGCGGCUGCAGGAGCAGCGGCAGCAGCAGAGUGGGGAGGCCGAGGCCCUGGCCAGGGUGUACAGCAGCAGCAUCAGCAACGGCCUGAGCAGCCUGAACAACGAGACCAGCGGCACUUACGCCAACGGGCACGUCAUUGACCUGCCCAAGUCCGAGGGGUAUUACAAUGUAGAUUCUGGCCAGCCAUCCCCUGAUCAGUCAGGACUUGACAUGACUGGAAUCAAACAAAUAAAGCAAGAACCCAUCUAUGACCUCACAUCUGUACCCAACUUGUUUACCUAUAGCUCCUUCAACAAUGGACAAUUAGCUCCAGGAAUAACCAUGACUGAAAUUGAUCGAAUUGCACAGAACAUCAUCAAGUCCCACUUGGAGACGUGUCAGUACACCAUGGAAGAGCUGCACCAGCUGGCGUGGCAGACUCAUACCUAUGAAGAAAUUAAAGCGUAUCAAAGCAAGUCCAGGGAAGCCCUGUGGCAGCAGUGUGCCAUCCAGAUCACGCACGCCAUCCAGUACGUGGUGGAGUUUGCAAAGCGGAUAACAGGCUUCAUGGAGCUCUGUCAAAAUGAUCAAAUUCUACUUCUGAAAUCAGGUUGCUUGGAAGUAGUUUUGGUGAGAAUGUGCCGUGCCUUCAAUCCAUUAAACAACACUGUUCUGUUUGAAGGAAAAUAUGGAGGAAUGCAGAUGUUCAAAGCCUUAGGUUCUGAUGACCUAGUGAAUGAAGCAUUUGACUUUGCAAAGAAUUUGUGUUCCUUGCAGCUGACUGAGGAAGAAAUUGCUUUGUUCUCAUCUGCUGUUCUGAUAUCUCCAGACCGAGCUUGGCUGAUAGAACCACGGAAGGUCCAGAAGCUUCAGGAAAAAAUUUAUUUUGCACUUCAACAUGUGAUUCAGAAGAAUCACCUGGAUGAUGAGAUCUUGGCAAAGUUAAUAGCCAAGAUACCAACCAUCACUGCAGUUUGCAACUUGCACGGGGAGAAGCUUCAGGUAUUUAAGCAAUCUCAUCCAGACAUAGUGAAUACACUGUUUCCUCCGCUAUACAAGGAGCUCUUUAACCCUGACUGUGCCACCGUCUGCAAAUGAAGGAGACCAGAGAACUGUCUCAUAGUCAUGGAAUGCAUCACCAUUAAGACAAAAGCAAUGUGUUCAUGGAAACUUAAGGAAAAUGUCACUACUGCAACAUUAGGAAUGUCCUGCACUUAAUAGAGUUAUUUUUCACCGCUACAGUUUGAAGAAUGUAAAUAUGCACCUGAGUGGGGCUCUUUUAUUUGUUUGUUUGUUUUUGAAAUGACCAUAAAUAUACAAAUAUAGGACACUGGGUGUUAUCUUUUUUUAAUUUUAUUCGGGUAUGUUUUGGGAGACAACUGUUUAUAGAAUUUUAUUGUAGAUAUAUUCGAGAACAGAGCGGUACUUUACAUGAUUACUUUUCCUGUUGAUUAUUCAAAUAUAAUUUAAGAAAUUCCACUUAAUAGGCUUACCUAUUUCUAUGUUUUUAGAUAGUUGAUGCAUGUGUAAAUUUGUAGCUGUCUUGGAACGUAUUGUGCAUGUAUGUAAUAAGUAUAUAAUAUGUGAAAAUAUUAUAUAUGACUAUUACUUAUACAUGCACAUGCACUGUGGCUUAAAAUAUCAUCCCUACUAGCAGUGGAGGUUCAGUCAGGCUCUCUUAAAUGAUUUAUCUUCUGUGUUGUAUGUUACCUUUUUGUUAGACAAUCAGGAUUUUGUUUUCCUAGCCAGAGAUGUUUUCAUCUCUAAUCAAAGGCAGGGCAGUACCAAUUCAGAAACACAUCUGUGAAGGAAUAAAUAGAAUGCAUGGCCUCUGCAUAGAAACUUUUUCUAUCAAUGACAUCAAAGCCUUGUCAAGAUGGUACUUAUUGGGGUUGGGAGAGAGGGGAAGUAUCUGGAGCCAUUUUCCUGUUUUAAGAAUUCGGCUUUAGAUAAUAUUGUAAGGUCUGAGACUUUUUUGACCAAAUGAUAGGUAUUUACUAUUUUUCAUCAAAAUACAGAAAACACUUUUUUCUUUGGGUUUCCAGUUGUGAAAGAAACUUGACUUUGGUGCUUACUGAAAAAUACUGCCUGUGGAUUAUGACCACCAGCAAUUCUUUUCUAGAAAAAGGAAAGAGUAAAUCAGAACACAGGGCCCAAUGCCAUUUCAUGUAAACGUUUUCCCUCUAGUCAUUUUGGCAAAGAAAGCGUAGAGAGAGAACAUAUACAGUAAAUAAAUAAUUAUUUAUAUUAAUUCUCAUUAAUACAUUUGUUGGGAAAAGUGGCCAGCGAGAGGGAGGCAGGACUCUCUAUGUCUUAGUCCAGGACCUAGAAUUUUUUUCAACUCUGAAAUGUUAUAUUAUAAAAAUAUAACAAAAGCUUGACAGACUAAGAAAAAAUAGCUGUGUUAUGCUAAGGAAUUACUAUAUGCCAACAUCCUAACUAUUUCCUAUGGAGUUUGAAAUUACAUCAUCUAUCCAGCCUAGGCUUAUUUAAUAGCUCUUGAAAGUACACAAUGCAAGGGUGACAUCCGAAUCAGAGAAUUUAAACUUCCUUGUACAAGUUUUCACUUCUCCACAUUUCUGCAGUAAAAUUAAUAAUCAAAGUAUAAAUUAUAAGGCACUAGUUCUGCCUCUGUCCUGAAACCUGUGCCUUUGUUAUUAUCUGAUUCAAAAUAAAGUAUUUAAAAAGGAAUCUAGGGGAGAAGCUUGUGUAUAAGGCAAUGAAAAUUGUGGUCUUCAAAAGAUUUAGCCAGCCCCCUAUUUAUGAAGAUCUGCCCUCCUUUUCUCCUCUCUCUCUCUCUCUCUCUCUCUCUCUCUCUCACACACACACACACACACACACACACACACCUGAUCUGUACAUUUUUGUCAGUGGAGGGGUUCAUUUUUUGCAUCUCUUAGGCUCUCCUGAAGUUCCUGGUCGAGAACCAUCUCCAAGAUGCCUCAGAACUCCUGACUGACGACCAAAGCAUUAGAGUUAGUCUUUUCCUUUCAGAAAACGGAGCCUUUUCUCACCUCAUGAUUGAUGAAUUCCAAACCAAUGGGGAAAAACAAAAAGGCUUUAAAAUAAUGAAUCUCUUUCUCAACUACUGUUAUAUUCAAUUAAUUUAACUACAUUGAACCAAAUUACCUUUGGUUCUGAGAAGACAGCUGUAGACUGCUUAUUAUGCUGCUACAGGGACUCAAUUCUUUUUGGUGUAAAUGUCACUCCUGCUAGCUCUUUGUAUAAAGAAUUAAUUCCAAGAGUCAUAUUUCCUUCUAAUGGAAAGAUUACUUUACUGAUUGCUAGGAAAACAGGGUAAUGGAAGGCACUCAAUUAAACCAAGCCGUUUCCAAAUGCAAUGUAUGUUUUAUGAUUGGCUUGUGAUAGGCGAUGCUUAAUGUGUCUACUUGGUGUUUCCCUUUGAGCUUUGAACUUAUGUCAAACUUUGUUUUCAUUGUUCUGUUGGCCUAGUGUUUCCCAUCGUCAGCCUGUAAUUCCUGCCCAGUUGUAAAGGGAAUCAUUUGUUGCCUCCAAUUUACCUUAGAGAAUUUAAAUUGGCUCAAUUGAUGAAGUGACUGAGAGUUUUUUCCUCCCUUGUCCCAUGAGUGAUGUAGGAAAAAGAUUGUUCCCCACAUUUGCCUCAGGAGGUGCUGGUUUUGAAUUUGUGUCAUUUCCACUAGUGCAAGCAUUUCACUGGGACGGCAUGAACCUUUUGAAGCUAGGGGACAGGAAGCAGGGCUCGCAAUUGAACCAGAACAAAACAAUGGAAACCAGUACAUGUUCAGCCCAUUUCAGUUGAGAGAGGAGAUUUCCAGUUUUGGCCACAGUUGCCCAUUUUCCCUUAAAAGAGAAUCAAGUCUGUUUUCAAUGGCAGCAAAGCUUUUGAACAUCUCCUGUGACUACAUGUCAAGAUAUUUUGUGAUUUUGGUAAGAACAACUUUCUUUAUAAGGUGUAACCCCAGAACUUUGUUCCUCCCCAUGAGAGCUCACAUGCUCACAACACACUCAUGAUAAAGUGUGCGCUGGAAGAAAGAAUCCAUGAUCUGUCUUUCUCAUUUCAUGCUUUGUAAAUGACAAUCACUGUUUGAUGCAGAUGUUGCACUGUAUCCACUCAGGGAUGUUUCAAUUUUUAAACAAGGAGUGGGGAGAAACAGGAAAAUGACCACAAAAUGUAAACAGUAUAAAUUAAAUAUGACAAUGAGGAAACCUCUGACAAGGCUUUCAGACCAGCUAACUUCAUGUCAUAAACUGAAUUUACUUUUAUUAUAUGAAGUUGCCUAAAAGUUGCACAUGAGUAAAGACAACCUAGUCUUGUUGUCUGUAAUCUGUUCAGAGCCAAAUAAUCCAGACACCCCGUUCAUAGUUCUCCCAGUAAAUCCAAGCUUCUGCCUAUACAAGUCCAGAGCAAGGGAAACAUAGAACUCUAACUGGCAUUAGACAAAAUUGACAAAGGAGAUGAAGUUGUAUAAAUUCACACUCUAGUGUAUAGCUGUGGUCCGUGAAAGGAAAGACAAUUUUUGGAGGAAAAAUAAGAGAACAAGGGAGUCCAAAAAUGGCUUGACACUCCACAUACGUCCCUACGUAUCAAUUUUUUUGUGUCUUUUUUCCCCCUAAAGACUGAAGGCGGAGGGUGGAGAUGUACUCAACACACUUACCCCUCCAGGAUUUGACUUGCUUUUGUGAGAUCGUCAGGGUUCUGGCUAAAGCACCUCUGAGUAGAUAAAAACAGAGAACGCAAUGGUCUCUCGGAUAAUUAGAUUUCUUUGGCAGAAUCCAAGAAAGCCUACAUCAUAAUGAACUCUGAAUCACACAAGCUGCCAGGGAGGCAUUGGUACAUUUCCUAUCAUAGCUGCGUUGUUCCACACAUAACUUCACAGCAGUCAAGCUCAACAGUUUGUAGAAAGGCUUACAGAUGGAUAGUCUACUCAUGCUCACUCAUUGUGAUGCUAUAUGUACCAGGCUUGAAUGUCCCAAGAAUAAUCUGAAAACUUACCAGCUUUUUCUCAAAUCCAUCAGUCAGAUGCAAACAAUGUCAGUGCUGUUCCAUAUUCUUUGUUUCUGUUUAUUACAGCAACAAGGAAAAUUUCUAUUGUUACUGGAACUUAGAAGAAAUAAUUUCUCCCCAACUCUUCUUUUAUCCAUAAAUGUCUGUGCCCAAUGAAGUUGGACAAUAAAUCCAAGCAAGUACAUUGUAACCUGACAGGGCCCCCAUUCAGUAGGACAGCAAUAACUUUAAAGUGUGUAUCUGUAGUGAAACUUUGCACAAAGUCCCCUUUAUAAAGAAGAGAGAAUAGCCCACGAUCUGCUUCAGACAAACUAUUCGAUCUUCUGUUUCCAAUUGCUGGUACAAGCAGAAAGGAGGGUUAAGGCCUGGUAUGGAAAAUCAUGGGAAUCUUUCAGAAAAGAGCCAGCACCCCUUUUCUUUUCUUUUCUUUUCUUUUUUUUCUGGAGGACUCUUAGGACCAGUGGCAUGGGCCCAUUAAAAGCAGGGGUUAACAUUUCAAAGGUCUAAGGGGGCCAGGGAGUGGAUACAAGAGAGUGAAACAGCCUAGUGGGCAACUGGCCAGGAGAUGCCCUAUCUAAAAUGGGACAUCCCCUAUUCCGCUGACUAUUGCUAGAGCUUCUGCAUUUUUAUGAAAUCUCUUGAGUUAUAAAUGAUGGGAGUUGAUCACAGCUUAAUGCAGACCAACAAUGCAUCUCUAGCAGAAGAGGGCCCAGAGACAACUAGGUCACAACCUUCGGUUGAAACCAAAAUUGCACCUAGGGGCCUGUUCAGCUGCAGCAUCUGACCUUACUGAACCCCAGAUGAUACUAGAAUGGUAUUAGCAUAGGAAGGAGGCGCAGGGAAGAGAUCUUGCCCUUUUGAUACUCAAUUUAAUUUCUAUAUUUAACUAUCACUACUCAAGGAUAUAGGAAGAGGUCAGUUAAAAAAAAAAAAAACAGCCAA